AUGCUCCUCCUCUUUACCAUCCUUCUGACAUGCCUUUUCCCAACAGUCACCUGGGCUGGGCCAGCAGUUCAUGCGCUUGCCCUACGUCAGGAUAAACCUCUCCCACGCUGUGACGAUAAGUCCAAAGCUUAUGAGGGUUCAUACAAAGACAAUUCAGGUACCUACGUCACCUCAGACCAGGUGUCUCACCCAUACAGAUUCCCAUUGAUUCGCAAAUGUUGGUGGGACUACUAUGUUGUUGAAACCUCCGUUGAGCCCACCCCGUGGAAGAAAUCAUCCGGCAACGUCUACUGCACUGGCACAGAGCGCUGCGUCGCAACGAAGCUCACGGGAGCUCAAGUUUGUAAAACAAAGCCUGAAAGCCUCAGUGUCAAUGUUGGCUUCGAGAUUGAAAAGUUCAAGCUCGGCGCCGAGAUCAGUCUUACCCAGUCUGAAUCCCGCUGUGUGACGGCAGAUAACUCUACUGCUUGCCAGUGGAAUGAUCAGGGCUGCCACACAGUGUGGACUCAGCAGCAGAUCCUCAGGCAAAAGGGAUAUCGCCGUAAGCGUUGCGACUGGGGAAAGGGCGAUGAGACCCAGUGCAUGGGACUGAUGGGAAAGCCUGCCCUAAACUCUGAGACACUUUGCUUCGUGGCACAGUCCAGAGAUGUCAAGGACAUUUACACGAGGGGUUAA